CUGUAAAAUGAAAAUUCUGUCUUUGUCAUCUUCGAUGAGUCUCGAUCAACGGCUCUUUCGUAUAAAGGUUGUAACUUGAGGUUUUCAUUCUUCUUCACAAACUAUCAUAUAUCUUUCAUCAUGAGCUUACCUGCUAGGAAAAUUGGUGACGCCCUCGUCAACCCUAUCGGCUUUGGCACUAUGGUUCUCGCCGCUGCGUAUGGUGUCGUAGGAUCUGACGAGGAGCGCUUCAAGGUCCUCGACGCUGCAUAUAAUAGCGGAUGCACCCACUGGGACUCUGCAGACAUCUAUGCGGAUUGCGAAGAUCUCCUAGGAAAAUGGUUCAAACGCACCGGCAAACGAAACGAGAUCUUCCUGGCCACCAAAUUCGGUUACACACUCAGUGGUGGACGCGGAGAUCCCGCUUAUGUGAAAGAGCAGUGUGCAAAAUCCCUUGAACGCCUGGGGGUGGACUACAUCGAUCUUUACUACCAGCACAGGCCGGACCGCAAUGUGCCCAUUGAAGAAACCGUCGGCGCGAUGGCCGAACUCGUCAAGGAAGGCAAGGUUAAGUACCUCGGUCUUUCGGAAUGUACGGCUAAAGACCUUCGUCGGGCCCAUGCUGUCCAUCCCAUCGCUGCUAUUCAAAUCGAGUACUCUCCUCUGGUUCUCGAUAUCGAAGAUCCGAAACUCGCUAUCUUGGCGACGGCUAGAGAGCUCGGCGUUACGGUCGUCGCUUACUCUCCACUUGCUAGGGGCCUCGUCGCAGGCCUGUACAAGUCUCCUGACCAAUUUGAAGCGAAUGAUUCUCGUAGGGCUAUCCCAAAGCACGUUGUGGUUCUGUUUUCCAAGGAGAACUUCCCCAAGAUCCUGGAUGUCGUGGAUCAUCUCAAAGUCAUUGGUAAUAAACACGAUGCUACGUCUAGCCAGGUUACGCUAGCUUGGAUCCUUGCCCAAGGAGAUGACUUUGUUGUCAUUCCGGGGACGAAGAAGGCAAAGUAUGUAGAAGAGAACGCAGGAGCGGCGAAGGUACGGCUCAGUUCGGAGGAUGUUGCCGCUGUUCGCAAGAUCGCAGAGGAGAGUGACAUUCCAGGGACAAGAUACGACGAGGCUGGAAUGAAUAUGGUAUUAGUAUCGACACCCGAGUUGCCAAAGUAA